CGCCGCUCGGGCAGCCCCUGGUGAAGAUGGCGAGGGCGGCGGAGCGGGGCGGUGCGCGGCCGGGGCUGCUCCUGGCGCUGCUGCUGGCGCUGCCCGCCGCCGCCGCCCGGCCGCCCGCCUCCUUCCCCAGCGAUGUGAACGGGCACAGCCUCCACCCGCCCUACUUCAACCUGGCCGAGGGCACCCGCAUCUCCGCCACCGCCACCUGCGGCGAGGAGGCGGCGGGCGCCGGCAGCCGCCGCGCCGUGGAGGAUCUCUACUGCAAGCUGGUGGGGGGCCCGGUGGCCGGGGGGGACCCCAACCAGACCAUCCAGGGCCAGUACUGCGACAUCUGCUCCUCUGCAAACAGCAACAAGGCCCACCCCAUCACAAAUGCCAUUGAUGGGACAGAGCGCUGGUGGCAGAGCCCCCCUCUUUCCCGGGGGCUGGAGUUCAACCAGGUCAACGUCACUUUGGACCUUGGACAGCUCUUCCACGUGGCAUAUGUCCUGAUCAAAUUCGCCAAUUCCCCUCGUCCUGACCUUUGGGUGCUGGAGCGAUCGACAGAUUUCGGCCUUACCUACGAGCCCUGGCAGUAUUUUGCCUCUUCCAAGAGGGACUGCAUUGAGAAGUUUGGACAGCACACCGUGGAUCGUAUCACCAGGGACGACCAUGCCAUCUGCACUACUGAAUACUCCCGGAUCGUGCCUUUGGAAAAUGGGGAGAUUGUUGUCUCUCUGGUCAACGGGCGACCAGGAGCCAUGAACUUCUCCUACUCUCCUCUCCUGCGGAAUUUCACGAAAGCCACCAACAUCCGACUGCGCUUCCUGCAGACAAACACUCUGCUCGGGCACCUGAUGGGCAAAGCUUUGAGGGACCCUACGGUGACAAGGAGGUAUUACUACAGCAUCAAAGAUAUCAGCAUCGGAGGGCGCUGUGUCUGCCACGGCCAUGCAGACGUCUGUGAUGCCAAAGACCCCAACGACCCUUACAGGCUGCAGUGUGACUGCCAGCACAACACCUGCGGCGGGUCCUGCGAUCGCUGCUGCCCCGGCUACAACCAGUUCCCGUGGAAACCUGCCACUGCCGACAGCGCAAACGAGUGCCAGCCUUGCAAUUGCAAUGGCCAUGCCUAUGACUGCUACUACGACCCGGAGGUGGAUCGCCACAAAGCCAGCAGGAGUCGUGAAGACAAGUUUGAAGGGGGAGGUGUUUGUAUUGACUGUCAGCAUCACACCACCGGCAUCAACUGUGAGAGAUGCAUCCCGGGAUACUAUCGGUCCCCUGACCACCCCAUCGACUCUCCGUACAUUUGCUACCGCUGUAACUGCGAGUCUGACUUCACCGAUGGCACCUGUGAGGACCUCACUGGCCGCUGCUACUGCAAGCCCAACUACACUGGGGAGCACUGUGAUACCUGUGCCGAGGGAUAUCUCAACUUCCCCCACUGCUACCCUGUUCCAGCUUUCACUCACAACGACACUGGAGAACAAGUGCUUCCUGCAGGACAGAUAAUAAACUGUGAUUGCUACGCCGGUGGGACAGAAGGCAACGCCUGCCGCAAGGACCCUCGUGUGGGGAUGUGUGUGUGCAAGCCCAACUUCCAGGGAACACAGUGUGACCAGUGUGCCCCAGGCCACUACGGACCCAGCUGCCAGCCCUGCCAGUGCUCUGGCCCUGGUCAGUACGAUGGCACCUGUGACAGCGAGACCGGGCAGUGUCUGUGCCGAACAGGAUUUGAAGGGCACUUGUGUGACCAGUGUGCUCCAGGCUACUUCAACUACCCUCUGUGCCAGCUGUGUGGUUGCAGUGCUGUUGGGACGCUGCCGGGAGGCUGCGACUCCGUCGGGAAUUGUUUCUGCAGACCCGAGUUUGCUGGGCCACGGUGUGAGCAGUGCAGUCCUGGGUACCACUCCUACCCCCACUGCUAUGCUUGCUCCUGCGAUUCCCGGGGUGCCGUGGACAACAACUGCAGCCCAGCCGGCCAGUGCCGAUGCCACAUGAAUUUUGCAGGACACACCUGCAACCAGUGUGCCCUGGGAUUCUACGGGUACCCCAGCUGCACUCCUUGCCAGUGCUCCCAGGAGGGCUCCCUGCACGGCACUUGUGACCAGGACACGGGGCAGUGCAGCUGCCGGCCCAAAGUGACGGGGCUGCGCUGUGACAGCUGUGUGCCAGGAGCCUAUGGAUUCCCCUACUGCGAAGUGGGCUCCUGUAACCCAGCAGGGUUGGAGAUUGCAGAUCCCUCGCUGGCCUCGGGCUCCUGUGCAUGUCGGGCAUAUGUUGAAGGCCCAGCUUGUGACAGAUGCAAGCCUGGAUACUGGAACCUGACUCCAGAGAAUCCCUACGGUUGCCUGAGCUGCAAGUGUGACACCAAGGGCACCAUCAGCAGAAUCGCAGAGUGCCGGCAGGGCGACGGGCAGUGCUUCUGCAAACCCAACGUGUGCGGGCAGUUCUGCUCGGCGUGCAGGGACGGCUACUUCAAUGUGGAGAAUGCAAAUUACUUUGGGUGCCAAGGCUGCCGGUGCGAUGUCGGCGGGUCCCUGGGGCCGUCCUGCGAGGAGCGGAGCGGAGCCUGUCGCUGCCGGCAGAGCACACGCGGUCCCACCUGCACCCAACCUGCACGGGACCAUUAUUUCCCUGACCUUCACCACUUGAAAUUCGAGCUGGAAGAAGGCACCACACCGUCUGGCCGGGCCGUGCGCUUUGGCUACAACCCCCUGGAGUUUGAGGGCUUCAGCUGGCGAGGAUAUGCACAGAUGUCCUCCAUCCAGCCCAAGGUAGUGGUGACUCUCAAUGUGACCUCUCCCGACCUCUUCCGCCUCGUCUUCCGCUACGUCAGCCGGGGGCCCGCCAGUGUGGAAGGGAGGGUCUCGGUCGUUGAGGAAGGAAAGUUUAAUGUUUGUGGCAACUGUACAGAGCAGACCAAGCAGAUUGUCUUUGCUCCCAGCACGGAGCCAGCCUUUGUCACCGUCCCCCAGAACAGCUUUGGGGAGCCCUUCGUACUCAACCCCAGCACGUGGUCUCUGGUUGUUGAAGCAGAGGGUGUGCUGCUGGACUAUCUGGUUUUGCUACCCAGCUCGUACUAUGAAGCACCAAUCCUGCAGCUAAAGGUCACAGAGCCAUGUACCUACCAACCAGCCCCUGAACAAGCUACCCAGAACUGCCUCCUGUAUCAGUACCUGUCCGUGGACGGCUUCCCUGCUGUCUCAGGGGUGGAUGCCGUGUGCAGGCUGGACAACCGGCUCCCCAGGUUGUGUCCCACGGAGCAGCUCACCCCCUCCCACCCAUGGAUGGCCACCUGCAGUGGCAGUGAUGUGGAAGUCCAGCUGUCCCUACCUGUUGCCCAGCCUGGGAAGUACGUGCUGGUGGUGGAGUACGCCAACACCAACGCCCUGCAGACGGUGGGCAUUGCCGUGAGCUCACCACACUCAGCCAUGCAGCAGGGCACAUUCACCUUCUACCCCUGUGUCUACAGUUUCCUUUGUCGAGGGAUUGCUGUGGAUUCCCAGAGCCGCAUGGCAGCUUUUGAACUUACCUCGGAGGCCACCAUUCGGUUCACCUCUGAUCUGGCUGACUUCUUCCUGCACAAGGUGUACCUCAUCCCUGCUGCACAGUUCACCAUGGAGCUCAUCGAGCCGAAGGUGCAUUGCAUCAGCGUCCAUGGCACGUUCUUCUCUAACAGCAGCUCCUGUGUCCCCUCAAGGUUCCUGAAGCUUUCUCAGUCGAUCAUUUUGGAGGGGGCCCAGGCUCUGCCCAUCGCCCCUGAUGUCCCCCUGGCUCAGGCUGUCCAUGUGGCUCCAUCUGGGGUCCCGGUGGAGCCUGCUCCUCGUCCUCCCACAGCAAUGGAUCCCACUGCAGAGCUCAUCCUCCUGCAGUCCCCACAGGCUGCAGUGGUGGUCAACAGCCGGAUCCAGACCCUGGGACGCUACGCUUUCAUCCUGCACUACUACCAGCCCAACCAUCCCACCUUCCCUGUGGAAGUGCUGAUCAACGGUGGGCGCAUCUGGCAAGGUCAGAGCAGCGCGAAUUUUUGCCCACACGGCUACGGGUGUCGGAGCCUGGUAGUUUCUGAGGACCAGAUUAUCCUGGAUGUCACUGAUAAUGAUCUGACCGUGGUUGUUCGAGUGCCAGAGGGCAAGCAGUUGUGGCUGGAUUACAUCCUUGUGGUGCCUGAGGACAGUUACAGCUCUCAGUACCUGCAGGAGGAACCCCUGGACAAGUCCUAUGAUUUCAUCAGCAACUGUGGCAUCAACAGCUUCUACAUCAACCCCAGCACAUCGUCGAGGUUCUGCCGCGACUCUGCCAUCUCUCUGUCCCUGUUCUACAACAACGGGGCCCAGCCGUGCCGGUGCCACGAGACCGGGGCGCGGGGCAGCCAGUGCGAGCCCUUCGGCGGGCAGUGUCCCUGCAAGUCCAACGUCAUCGGCCGGGAGUGCUCCCGCUGUGCCACCGGAUACUGGGGCUUCCCCAACUGCAGGCCCUGCGACUGCGGGACACGUCUCUGCGAUGAAGUGACGGGGCAGUGCAUCUGCCCUCCUCACACCCUGAAGCCUGAGUGUGUCGUCUGUGAGCCCCAAACCUUCGGCUGCCACCCCCUCAUCGGCUGCGAGGACUGCAACUGCUCCCGGCCCGGCGUGCAGGAGCUGACAGAGCCAGGCUGCGACGUGGACAGCGGGCAGUGCAGGUGCAAGCCCAACAUCAUCGGGCGGCAGUGUGACCUCUGUGCCCCUGGCUACUACCACUACCCCGAGUGCCGGCGCUGUGACUGCCACCAGGCUGGCACCGAGGCGAGCAUGUGUGACCCGGUCACAGGGCAGUGUCACUGCAAGGAAAACGUAGAGGGCCUGAGGUGUGACCAGUGCCGCCUGGGGACAUUUUCUUUGGAUGCCACCAACCCCAAGGGCUGCACCAAGUGUUUCUGCUUUGGUGCGACCGAUCGCUGCCGCAGCGCGGAGAAGCACCGAGCUGAGUUCGUCGACAUGAACAGUGGGUGGCUCUUGUUGAGCAGCGACCGCCACGAAGUGCCAACCACUCUGAGCCUGAGGGAGCAGCUCAUCACCGCUGACCUCAAGAACCUCCCAGAUGCCUACCAGGAGCUCUACUGGGUUGCACCCAGCUCCUACCUUGGGGACCAGGUUUCCUCCUAUGGAGGGCACCUGCGCUAUGAGCUGCACUCCAACCCACGGAGGGGUGACGUGUUCAUUCCCAUGGAGUCCCGCCCGGAUGUGAUCCUGAAGGGAAACCAGAUGAGCAUCAUGUUUCUGGAAGGCACUUACCCAUCCCCAGGGGAGGUGCAUGAAGGCCGGCUGCAGCUGGUGGAGAGUAAUUUCAGGCACACAGAAACACAUAACCCUGUGUCCAGAGAGGAGCUCAUGAUGGUGCUGGCAAACCUGGAACAGCUGCAGAUCCGGGCCCUCUUCUCCCAGCUCUCUUCCUCCGUGUCCCUGCGCCGCGUGGUCCUGGAGACGGCAACAGACACAGCUACAGGCAUCCGUGCCAGCAACGUGGAGCUGUGCUUUUGCCCAGCUAACUACCAGGGAGACUCCUGCCAGGAAUGCGCUCCAGGUUACUACAGGGACACCAAGGGGCUCUUUCUGGGAAAAUGCAUCCCCUGCCACUGCAAUGGCCACUCAGAUCAGUGCCUGCCAGGCUCUGGGAUAUGCCUUAACUGCCAGCACAACACAGAAGGAGAGCACUGUGAGCGAUGCAAGGAUGGCUAUGUGGGCAACCCCUCUGCCCAGGAGCCCCUGCAGUGUGUGGGGUGUCCGUGCCCUCUUUCAGUUGCCUCCAACAAUUUUGCCGUUGGCUGUGUCAACAAGGGUUCCAACAUGCAGUGCCUCUGCAAGCCUGGCUACGCUGGACCCAACUGUGAGCGGUGUGCCCCAGGAUACUAUGGCAACCCCUUGGUGAUCGGCAGCUCGUGCCAGCCCUGCGACUGCAGCGGGAACACGGAUCCCAACAUGCUGUUCAGCAGCUGUGACUCCCUGACGGGCGCCUGCUCGGGGUGCAUGCACCACACGGCCGGCACCCACUGCGAGCUCUGCGCCCCCGGCUACUACGGGGACGCCGUGGUAGCCAAGAACUGCACACAGUGCAACUGUUCACCUUGUGGGACUGACUCCUGCCACCCACGAACUGGCCAGUGCUUCUGCAAGACUGGAGUGACAGGCCAGCACUGCGACCGCUGCGAGGAGGGAUACUACGGCUUCGAGGGGUGCUCGGGCUGCCGGAGGUGUGACUGCGACGUGGGCGCUGUGGGGAGCAGCUGCCACGAGCAGAGUGGGCAGUGCAGCUGCCUGCCCGGCGUCAGCGGCUCCCGCUGCCAGCAGUGCGCCCCGGGCUACUGGGGCUUCAGCCAGAGCGGCUGCACAAAGUGUGAGUGCAGGGGGGGUUCCUGCGACCCACGCACCGGGGAGUGCACGUGCUCCAACGGGCUGACCGGGAAGCAGUGCGACGUCUGCAUGCACGAGAACGAGAUCCCUGUGGCCAACGGCCCGGACAGUGUGAGGUGUGAAGUGUGUGACAGCUGUGUCCUGCUCCUGCUGGAGGACCUGCAGAGCAUCGAGAUGUCCUUCCCCUCCAUCCGCGGCCAGCUGGUCAACCUCAACGCCAGCUCCAUCGCCUGGGCUCGCCUCCAUGGUCUCAACAGCACCAUACUGACCAUUGCUAACCAGCUCCGGGAGUCCCACAGAGCCUUGAACAGGGUGAGGCAAAGGGCUGACGAGCUGGAGGAUGAGAACAUGGACCUCACACAGGACCUGAAUGCACUGCAGCACAAAAUGACCAUGACUCACAGAGAAGUGAUCCGUGUUGAUCAGAACACGAGGGACACCUACCAGAGGGGGGAACAGCUCCUGCUGCACAUCCAAAGCAUCCAGAGGGGCAUUGCAGACCUGGUGCGGCAGAUGACCAGAUUUGGGGCAGCGAACACCAGCACCACCUCCACCGAGGAGUUCCGUCAGAAGAUGGCCGAGGUGGAAAGCAUGCUGAGGGACAUGAGGGAGCGCAGCCUGGGCAGCCAGGAGGAGCUGGCAAAGCGUGAGCACGAGGAGGCUCAGAAGUUGCUGCAUCGGGUGAGGAGCGAGCUGCAUGCCCGCUGGCAGUCCAACCAGGACCUGGUGAACAGCAUCCAGGACAGGCUGGCACAGCACAGCUCCCAGCUGAUGGAUCUGCGUGAUGCCCUCAACGAGGCUGUGAACAAAACCAGGCAGACGGAGGACUUGAACAGCCUGAACCGAAACAACCUGGAGGAGAGCCAGCAAAAGAGCCAGGAACUCCAAAAGCAGCACGGGCUGGUGCAGGAGACCCUGCGGAUGGCCAAGGAUGCCCUGGCCCAGGUCUCCGACUUCCUACAGAAGAUGGAGCAAGCAAAGGAGGCCUACGAGAAGCUGGCGGCACUGCUGGAUGGGGCAAAGCUGCCCCUGACUGAGCGGGUCAAGAAGUUCUCCCCAGCCAGCAGCAAGAUCCCCAUCGUGGAGCAGGCAGAGGAGCAUGCCCGGCUCCUGGAUGAGCUCGCAAGGAACCUGUCCAGCAUUAUCCAGGGCACAAACCAGGAUGGCUUUAUCCAGCGGGCGAUCGAUGCCUCCAAUGCCUACGCCAGCAUCAUUGAGGCUGUGAAGAAAGCAGAGCGAGCAGCCCACGAUGCUGAUGAGGCAGCCAGCGAGGCCUUGAUGAACGUCAUGUCAGAAAAUCUUGGGGCCGUCUCUAAAGCGCUGAGGAGGAACAGCAGCAGCCUGGAGGAGGCUGUGAGGAGAGAGCAGACAAAGCUAAAUGGAGCUAUUAAAGGCUCUCUGCAGACAGCAAAGGACAAGCUGGCUGACCUCCGUGUGAGGAAGGAGCGGCUCCUGACCCAGCUCCAGUCUGUGCAGGACAUGCUGGGCAAGGACCAAGAGGACACAAAGGAGACAAUCCAGAAUGCCAAAGCAGCUGCUGCUGAGGCCAACGAAACAGCUGCAAGAGUGGAAGAUACCCUGAGCACCAUGAAGAAGAAUCUGGAUGAGUGGAAAGACCAAUAUGGAGGCCUUCGAAAUGAAGACCUGAACCAGGCAGUCCAGGAUGCCAGGAAAUCUGUGUCCAGCCUGGAAAGCACCAUCCCACUGCUACUGGAGAAGCUGAACAACCUGGAGAACAGGAGGAACAAAAAUGCCACGGUGUCAGAGAACAUCGUCCGGAUCCGGCAGCUCAUCACGCAGGCGAGGAACGCUGCCAGCAAGGUGAAAGUCCCCAUGAAGUUCAACGGCACCUCAGGGGUUCAGGUCCGGAUGCCCAGCAACCUGCAGGAUUUGGCAGCCUACACGUCCCUCAAAUUCUACAUCCAAAACCCCGAGCCCAAGAGCCGGCAGGACGAGACAGAGGAGGGGCGGUUCGUGUUGUACCUGGGCAGCCGGGAGGCCACUGGAGACUACCUGGGCAUUGUGCUCAAGGACCGCAGAGUGCAGUGGAUCUACAAACUGGGCGAUGAGGAACCAGCCUCCCUGAGUGUCGAUGAGGAUAUUGGAGAACAGUUUGCCACCAUCAGCAUCAACAGGAUCCUGCAGUAUGGGCACAUGUCCGUGAUCGUGGAGAGGCAGACGGUGCAUGAGACCAAGGGAGACAGUGUGGCCAAGGGGGAGCAGGGGCUGCUCAACCUCGACCCGCGCAACGUGGUCUUCUACGUGGGGGGCUACCCCUCCAGCUUCACGCCUCCUCCCACUUUGCGCUAUCCCAACUACCGCGGGUGCCUGGAGCUGGACACUCUGAACGAGGAGGUGGUGAGCCUGUACAACUUCCAGCACACCUUCCAGCUGGACACCACUGCUGAGAAACCCUGUGCAAGGUCCAAGUCCACGGGAGACCCCUGGCUGACUGAUGGCUCCUACUUUGAUGGCACUGGUUACGCAGAGAUCAAGUUUGAGAGCCAGUUUGGCACAACCAAGCGCUUCGAGCAGGAGAUCCGUGUGGUCUCCUACAAUGGCAUCAUUUUCUUCCUGGAGAACCAGGGUCAGUUCCUGUGUCUGGCCAUCCGGGAUGGGAAGCUGGUGCUUUACUAUGACUUCAGCUCUGGCCUGGAGAUGGCAAAACCCAGCAACUCCUCCUCCCUCACCAUCAGCAGCACCACGAACAAAGCGAUCCAGAUUUUCCUCCUCAAAAUGAAUAACAAGAAGCGCAUCCUGGUGCGGUUGGAGCGCCUCACCAUCUUUGUGGUGGAGCAGGAGAACUCCCUAGAGAAUGCUGUCUCCUACUACCUGGGUGGUGUUCCUCCAGCUGUGCUGCCCCCCAGCUUGAAAGUGCUUUUCCCCACGGGUGGGCCCAUCCGGGGCUGCAUGAAGGGCUUGAAGGCUCUCGGCAAGUACGUCGACCUGAAGCGCAUGAGCACCGUGGGCGUGAGCUAUGGCUGCACCUCGGACCUCCUGGUUGCCCGCUCAGUCAGUGUCCAUGGCCAUGGCUACCUGACCCUGGCUCUGAAGGAUGUGCCAGGGCUGCGGGACUUCUACAGCGGCUUCGGCUUCCGGACGAGCCAACGCGAGGGGCUGCUCUACCGCCACACCACCCAGGAGGGGACGUGCCAGGUGUCCCUCCAGAAGGGCCAGCUGGCCUUGAACCUGCUGGGAACCGAAAUCACCACUGACAAUGCCUAUGCAGAUGACAGGGCCCACUACGUGGCCUUCUACAGCGAUGCCCGUGGGGUCCGGCUGUACGUGGACGACGAGCUGCAGGACACAGCGACAGGCCCUCGGCGCAGCCGGCGGCAGCGGCGCCAGGACGGGCGGCAGCUCUUCCAGCUCGGGGGUUCAGCAGAUCCAGGUGUCCUCAGCAACCUCACCGGCUGCAUCGGGAAUGUCUUCGUCAAGCGGGUGUCGGAGCCACAGAUGGUGGUGGACCUUCAGCAGAACGUGGAGAGCAUCAAUGUCACCAUGAGCUGUCCCUGGGGUGAGCAGCCGCAGCAGCUCAGAGUCACUCCAAAGAAGGACAGGAGGAAACCCAAGGUGCCAGGCAAGCCUGCCCCCAAGGGCCGCCGCCACAACCAGGAUGGGCUCUGCCAGCUGCACCCCCAGCCCCACGCAGCCAGGGGCACCUUCCGCUUCGGGGGGGCCCUGAGCAGUCGCUGGGAGUUUGAUGAGAUCCCAGCCUCCUUUGGGUGGAGGUGCCAUUUCUCCCUGGAGGUGAAGCUGAACUCUUCCAGUGGGUUGCUGUUCUACGUGGCGGGUGAGAGGGGCUCCUUCAUGGCUCUCUUCGUCUCCAACGGGCGCUUUGUCUUCCUGGUGGACGUGGGCAGGCGCCGGCUGCGGAUCCGCAGCAGGGACAAGUACCGGGACCGGCGGUGGCACACGGUCUUCUUCAGCAGAGACCAGAGCCGGGCCCAGCUGGUCAUCGACGGGCUGCGAGCCCAGGAUGCUGCAGUGGCCACCACAGGGCUCUUUGUGGCCCAGACCCCCUUGUACGUAGGGGGGGUCCCAGCUGGAAAAGCCAAGGCUCACAUACCGGCUGCAUUGGCCUCCAGCUUCAAUGGCUGCCUGAGGAACCCACAGCUGGAUGGGAGGCCCCUGGGUCCCCCCUCACGCACCUUUGGGGUGACACCCUGCUAUGAGGGCGCACUGGAGAGCGGGGUCUUCUUCUCUGCAGAUGGCGGGUCCAUCGCCCUAGCUGAUGCAGUGGUGACUGAGCAGGACUUGGAGGUGACAAUGGAGGUGCGUCCCCGCAGCGCCUCGGGCCUCAUCUUCCACAUCGGCACGAGGAGAAGCCACUAUCUCCUGCUGUACAUGGAGGAGACCAAGGUCACUGUGAGAGCAAAUGCUGGGACUGACGAGUUCUCUGCAUCGGUGACAUGCCCAUCUCUCUGUGACGGGCAGUGGCACACCAUCGCAGUUACCAAAUGGAAAAACAUAAUCCAAAUUGAUGUGGACACAGAAGGCAACCACACAGUGGGACCCAAUCAACCUCCUGCACCCAGCACAAGGGCGACGUUUUCUCUGGGAGGGCUACCAGAGACAGACAAGGCCAGCACAGGGCUGCUCUUACCUCCCCUCCCUCAUUACGUGGGCUGUGUAAGGAACCUGCUGAUUAACCGGAGGCGCGUGGACCUGCCGCGAGCCGGGACUGCCAGGGGCUCCGUGGGCCUGAAGGGCUGCCCCAUGCUGUAAGUGCCACAUCCAUGCCCAGCCUGAGUGACACAACGCUGCUCCGGGCCCCGGUGUCACCACUCGAUGGCAUCGACCGUGCUCAGACACACUUGUUGAACUCCAGUGACUGCAGGCACAAGUCUGGGCCACACCAGAGGGGCCACGAAUCCAAGGGGAAGGAGGGCAGGGGAGGACGGCUGGGGAGAAGGGGGCACUCUGGGGACAUGUUUCACAGAUAGAACAAAAAAGUUGGAGCAGAAUGUGGCGACAGGUGAGUCCUUCCCUGGUGGUGAAGCAUCUGCAGCAGGACUCGUGCUGCCACGUGGCUCGUGGUGGGAGCGACUGCCCGCGACAGAGCGUGGGCUGGAGCACAUGGCAGGGUGUCCUGGAUCCUGUUCCCUUCACCCCACACUCACAAUGCACAUAGAUUUAGUUCACAGAACACUCGAGGCUAUUAAUAAACUGUCACAGACUGUCUGCUGAUAAAGGCUGCAGGCAGUUUCUGUUUUAUCAUAAAUGCAAUUAGGACAAACUGGAUUAAUUUUGUCAGUUUUGUGGUUCUAUAAGCAAGGGCACAUUUAACCUCCCCCCAAGGGCAGUCUCAGCUCACCUGCCACUGCUACACAAAGAGCUCUGCAAGGGGGAACUUGGACAAAAUUCUGUUCACAGAAUUAGCAUCUUCUAAUCAGAGUAAUUUAUAAAAAUCAAAAGAACAAUGCGCUGGGAGAACUGCUGAGGGAAAGCAGAAACACAACCACCACUGACUGCGGUUGCAUUCAGCACUGCCAGUACGAUGACUAAAGUCCUGUUGUGUGAAGCAAGAAACUACUUCUUGAAAGGGAAGAAAUAGAAAGGUUAGCUCCACAUCUGGCCAGGUGUGCAAGGUGACACCUGGCCCUCACCCACCCUGGCUCCUGCUCAGCCUCCCUCACACCUGGUGUAGUGCAACCUUCACUUGAAAACAGCUUUUUUUCUCCCAAGACACCCAGUUCACUCGUGCACUUACACGUCAUAUAUAUAUUUGUGUGUGUAUAUAUAUCUCUGGCCACUUGGGGACAAAAUCUUGCUUCUGAAAUGGACUUGUAACUUAUAUCAUUAUAUUGUGGGUUUUGGUUUUUUUUUUUUUUUUUAUGAGGGGUAAAUAUUGUAAAAUGGGUUUUUAACAUGUCCAUUUUAAACAAAUGUAAUUAUGACCUGUUUUUAAAGUUGUAGUAUUAAAAGAUGGUCUUUGUAAAUCA